CUCCAACUGUCAAUCAUUUAUUAAUUGCAACUAAACACGUACCCCCUCGAAUUCUUCAGUUUUCCCGUCAUCUUUUGAAUUCACCGCCUCCGCCGCCGCCGCCUUCUUCAUUCUCAGCCUUUGGCCACGGCGGAGCAACCACCCACAUUCCUAACACGUAACGGUUCCUCCGUCAACAUCCAAGUCUCGUGCGUUUGACGCAUUCACUACCAGCAGGCCGUUACCUUCGAACCAAAGCUUUUCGUCUCUAUGUGAAACGUUCAUAGCAAUUUCGUUUUGUUAAAUCCCCAUUGUGAUUGAUAUUGAAGAUUUUGACCUCUCCUCCAAUGGCAGACGAUAUUUCCGAUGAUGUUGUUUAUCUUCACGGCGAUCUCGAUUUGAACAUCAUCGAAGCUCGAUCCUUACCGAACAUGGAUUUGGUCACCGAGCGUCUCCGCCGCUGCAUCACAGCCUUCGACGUCUGCCGGAGACCUAGGAAGAAAAAAAACUACCACCACCACAACAAAAUCAUCACCAGCGACCCUUACGUCACCGUCUGCCUCGGCGGCGCUACGGUGGCGCGUACGCGCGUGAUCUCCAACAACCAAAGCCCCUUGUGGAACGAGCACUUCAAAAUCCCCCUCGCUCACCCCGUCUCUCAGGUGGAGUUUCAGGUCAAGGACAACGACGUGUUCGGCGCCGAUCUGAUCGGCGUCGCCACCGUGCCGGCGAAGCGAAUCAUGUCCGGCGAGCUCAUCAACGAUUGGUUUCCGAUCAUCGGACCGUACGGUAAGCCGCCGAAGCCCGACUCCGCCGUCCGGCUCCAGAUGAAAUUCGAACAAUGCGAUGGAAAUAUUGUCGCCGAGCCGGACCGAUUUGAUGUGAAACAGAGCUAUUUUCCGGUGAGGCACGGAGGUUCGGUGACUCUAUAUCAGGACGCUCAUGUUCCUGAUAACUUUCUUCCUGAGAUUGAAUUGGAUGAAAAAAUGGAGUUUAGGCAUGAUAAAUGCUGGGAAGAUAUGUGUCAUGCAAUACUGGAGGCUCAUCAUUUGGUGUACAUUGUUGGUUGGUCUAUUUUCCAUAAGGUAAGGCUUGUUAGAGAGCCGAGCAAGCCGCUGCCGAGCGGCGGAAAUUUGAUUCUCGGAGAAUUGCUCAAGUAUAAAUCUCAAGAAGGGGUUCGAGUUUUGUUGUUGGUUUGGGACGACAAGACUUCUCACAGCAAGUUCUUCCUUAAUACGGCAGGAGUGAUGCAAACUCACGACGAAGAAACUCGGAAGUUUUUCAAGCACUCUUCUGUCACUUGUAUGCUGUCUCCUCGAUAUGCAAGCAGUAAGCUUAGCAUUUUCAAGCAACAGGUUGUCGGAACCCUCUAUACACACCAUCAGAAAUGUGUGAUUGUGGAUACGCAAGCGUCUGGAAAUAACCGAAAGAUAAUUGCUUUUUUAGGAGGUCUGGACUUGUGUGAUGGUCGCUAUGAUACGCCAGAGCAUCGGCUAUUCCGUGACGUUGACUCUGUAUUUCAGGGUGAUUAUCAUAAUCCAACAUUUUCUGCAGGAACAAAGGGUCCGAGAGAACCAUGGCACGAUUUGCAUUGUAAAAUCGAAGGGCCUGCUGCGUAUGAUGUGCUCACAAACUUUGAGCAGAGGUGGAAAAAAGCCACGAAAUGGUCAGAGUUUGGACGACGUUUCAAAAGAAUAUCUCAUUGGCACGACGAUGCUUUAAUAAAGAUAGAACGCAUAUCAUGGAUACUAAGUCCUUCCUCGUCUGUUCCACAUGAUGAUCCUGCAUUGUGGGUUUCCAGGGAAGAUGAUCCUGAAAAUUGGCAUGUUCAGGUUUUCCGAUCCAUAGAUUCAGGUUCUGUGAAAGGAUUUCCAAGAGAUGUUCAUUUAGCCGAGUCUCAGAACCUCAUCUGUGCAAAAGACCUAGUGAUAGACAAGAGCAUUCAAACUGCAUAUGUUCAGGCUAUAAGAUCGGCCCAGCACUUUAUAUACAUUGAGAAUCAAUAUUUUCUUGGGUCUUCAUAUGCAUGGCCCGCUUACAAACAUGCAGGUGCUGAUAAUCUAAUCCCAAUGGAGUUGGCACUAAAGAUUGCUAGCAAGAUAAGAGCAAAAGAGAGGUUUGCAGUUUAUGUGGUCAUUCCAAUGUGGCCUGAAGGUGUUCCAACAUCUGCCUCUGUGCAAGAAAUUCUGUUUUGGCAGGGACAAACCAUGCAAAUGAUGUAUGAAAUUAUUGCACAAGAGCUGAAAUCCAUGAAUCUUGAAAACUCACAUCCGAAUGACUACCUAAAUUUCUAUUGUCUUGGUAAUCGUGAAGAAUCCCCAGAAGAAAAUUCAAAUUUAACCAGUCAACCUUCCAAUGGUGAUGUGGUUUCAGCUUCACAAAAAUUUGGACGAUUUAUGAUUUAUGUACAUGCCAAGGGGAUGAUAGUAGAUGAUGAAUAUGUGAUUUUGGGGUCUGCCAAUAUUAACCAGCGAUCCAUGGCUGGUUCAAGGGACACUGAGAUAGCUGUGGGGGCAUAUCAAUCCCAUCAGACCUGGGCUAAAAAGAAAAAACAUCCACGUGGACAGGUAUAUGGAUAUAGAAUGUCACUUUGGGCAGAGCACGUAGGAAAACUAAACAAGUGCUUCAAGGAGCCUGAAAGUUUGGUUUGCGUCGAUAGCGUGAACAAGAUUGCUGAAGAUAACUGGAAGAAGUUUACCAGAGAAGAAUUCACCCCAUUGCAGGGCCAUCUUCUCAAAUACCCCGUGAAAAUAGAUGGUAAUGGGAAGGUCAGCGCCUUGCCUGGACAAGAGAAUUUCCCAGAUGUUGGGGGAAAGGUGCUUGGUGCUCGGACAACGCUCCCUGAUGCUCUAACUACAUAGACCUCACUUGUUUUCAUGUCCAUUGUAUACUAUUAUUGUAUUUGGUGCUGGAAGAGGAGGCGGAAAAUAAUUCAAGACGGUCCAAGCCAAGUGAUAGGAAGUAAUAGAUCGUUUAAUACAUGGAAUAGUGAUGCUACUUGCUCAAAAUUUUUACACAUAAAUUUUACCCAGAAACCAAUUAAAUCACAGCCACACAUUCUGAUAAUGGGUAAAAAUAAUUUACCAUUUUUUUGGGUAAGCAGCUUUUCUCAACAUGAAAUGCCAAGUUAUAGAUUGUAUGUCAUUGCCUUCGCGAAUUGUCUUUAAACGAUCAAUUCUUUUGGAGAACUGUUUGAAAUAAUUCUGGUCUUUGAAACUCGAGAGAGUUGGGGUGGAGUGUUGUAUGUUGUAAUUUCUUAUCAAAAUUAUAUAUAUAUAUAUAUAUAUAUAUGGGGACAUAUUUUGUGAA